GUGGACAAGAGGUGCUUGAGCUGAGCUGAGCUGAACGGAGUGCGUAACGCAGGUGUGUCCUCCCAGAUAACAUGCGCUCCGGACUCUCCUUUUACGCGUUUCUCAACAAACACCUUUAAGGAUUAUUUAGAUUUUUCCCCCAUAUCAUUUCUACACGUUUGUUUGUCUUGGGCGGAUACUAUUUGUUCAUUUUACAGAUGUGUUUCCAGACUACGCAGAGAUAAUUUGGACAUGAUCACAUUGCCUACGGAGUCUGCUUUAUUUAGGGUGGUCAAUCUAGUGUGGGAGAAGAACCGAACACAAAACCCGUUGCUGCACUCACUGCCUCCCGCAGACCCGACGCGCCAGGCGAACCGUUUACCCGUGAAAGUGUUGAAAAUGCUUGCGCGGAACGGACACAUUCUGCACCCGGACUAUCUCCAACAUUUACCGUCCACUCCAGUCAGUCCAAUCGAGCUGGAUGCCAAGAAGAGUCCACUUGCCCUCCUUGCGCAAACAUGUUCCCAAAUCGGGAAGUCCGACGCCCUGUCCGGAACGAAACUCUCCGCGCUCACAUCGGACAAGGACUCCAAAUCCAGCCCGCUCAAGAUCAGCGACAUCGGGGCUGAGGACAAAUCUUGUUUCAAGCCAUACUCCAAAUCGUCGGAGAGAAAAGAUUCGGAUGGAGAUAAAACUGGUUUCCGUGUGCCGAGCGCCACCUGCCGGCCCGUCACGCCACGGACGGGCAGCCCGAGCUCAUGCGGCUCUGGCUCUCCGCAACCCGGACGCCCGGAAUCAGGGGAUAAAGUGGGGAAAAGGGAGAGUGAUGCGAAUAAAAGCUCUUCACUGGAUAACCCUGGGUCUACCAACCCCAGUAGACCCCGUUCUGAGAGCAACAGCGAUACGAACAAACCACAGGACGCUUCUAAACCCUGCACAUCUGAUGCAACAACUGCGUCAUCUGCGCUUGGAUCAGGGCUUGUAGCGCCGGUUUCGCCCUACAGACCCGGGCACACCGUAUUCCCCAUUUCGCCUGCCGGACUACCUUACCACGGUGCUCUAGCGGGGGCUUAUGCCAGCUACCAUCAGCCCUUUCUGCCCCAUGGAGUGGCUCUGGACCCGAGCAAGGCCAGCAGUAGCAGUAGUCAGUUGAUUAAUGCUCAGCUGUCCGGCGCUGCGGGCUCUCUCAGCAGUAAGGCGGGGUCGAGUCCCCUCGCCGGAGCCUCCCCGCCAUCCAUCAUGUCCACCAGCCUGUGCCGAGACCCGUUCUGCCUGAGCUACCACUGCGCCAGCCAUCUAUCACCCAACAGCUCGCACGACACCGCAACAACCACGGCCUUAAAGUCUGGAUACCCCGUCAUGUUCCCCACCCACCCUUUACACCCUCUAUCCGCCUCUGCGCCCUCAUUCCCAGGACACCCGUUGUACGCGUAUGGCUUCAUGCUUCCUAACGAAUCCCAGUCGCAUGUUUGUAACUGGGUGUCCGCGAAUGGACCAUGCGACAAGCGCUUCUCUUCCUCGGAGGAACUUUUGAGCCAUUUGCGGCAUCAUACCGCGUUUACGGGCGCGGAGAAACUCAUAUCAGGAUACCCGAACUCGUUAACGGCAAUGGCCUGUCAUAUGCCCGGAGCGCCUGGAGCCCCGCUCGCUCUCAGGACGCCGCAUCACGCAUUAGGGCUCGGCACACGGUACCACCCGUAUUCCAAAAGCCCUUUACCGACACCCGGUGCGCCCAUGCCGCUCCCCGCAGCCACGGGCCCGUUUUACUCGCCAUAUGCGCUCUACGGACAGAGACUGACCACAGCUCCCGGGCUCGGAUAUCAGUGAGAUUUUCGUACGUUUGUGUUCACCUCAGGGCGUAUGAUUAGUUGGCCAUUAUUUAUUAAAGUAGCUUUAAAGUCAGAAAACAAAUAAAAUGCAAUCAUAUUUCAACAAGUCUCUCAUGGCUUUAUUUAAACUGUCAUAUACAUUACAGUUCUGUCUUUAUGAAAUUAUAACCCUGAAAUGAAGCCACACUGUGUGAAAUCUUACAGCCAAAAUGAGCAAGUUUAUUUCUAAAUUCAGAUUUAAUUUGAAGUGUGUGGGGAGGAAUGGUUUUACUGUCCAGCUCAGGGAAAAAUCAGCAGCCAAUAAAGAAUCAGCUCAAUUCAGUCUGAUUUAUUGUCUGCCCAUCAUCAAUGACAUUUGUUGAGAAACAACCUCUAGCUCAAUAUGCUCUUAAAUUUGGGUUAAAAAGUAUUUAAAUGUCGUUUGUCUUCAUUUGUAAUCGGGGUCACAGCUUGUUUGUUAACCUUGCAAUAAAUAUAACAUUUUAAAAAAACUCAUUUUCUAUAUAUUGGCGUUUAUAAUGGAGCAUAAAAGGUAAAAAAAAUGCACAAGGCGGCGAAUUCUUGAUCAUCAUGUCAAACCUUUUUUUAAAAAAAAUGGUUUAAUUCUGGUGCGCAUGUCUAAACGUCACUUUUCUGUUAAAUAUAUUCCAAUUAUAAACUAACUUUACAUGUUAUAUUUAUGUUUGUAUAUUUUUUAUGCGCCUCACUACUUAGCAUUGCAUUUUUUUAAUGUCACAGAUACUAUAAAAAUAUGCUCUAAAAUACUUACAUUGUAUUAUAUUGUCUAUUGUGUAUUUUUGUGACUCUCUUAUGCACUUCCUACAAUACAACGUGUUUAAGUAUAUAAAUAUCAUACAUUUAUAAUAUAAAUAUAGACCAAUGAAUACAUUUACAACUGACCUGUCAUAAACUUCUGAUCCGUUUAUGUUAUUAAUGACCAUUAUAUAUCUCUAGGAAAUAGCAGGACAUUAUUUAUUUAUAAUUUAAUAAUAUAAAAAUAAUUCCCUUGUGUAACACUCAAAUCUUGCCUAAACAUAGCUACUUGUUUAAAGUUUGGACACACCCCGAUGUUGUAUAUUAUAACUAUUUUUCACAUUUUAGAUUAAUAGUAAAGUCAUCUUAACUAUGCACAAAUGGACCUAUGGUUAGUGACUACAUGUUGCACAAAUCAAACCUCUCUUAUAUUUGAUUUCUUUUUCUAAAAGGUCAUUUUAGUUUCAUGAAAUUCAUAUGGAGACUCUUCAAAUGUGCCUUCAAAAAAAAUUAAGCAUUGAAGCAUAAGUUCAGCGAAAUGUAUGAAAACUUAAAACUGAUUCUAUAAAUUGGAAAUACUAAUUGUAAAAAAAAUAAAUAAAUAAAAAUUAAGCUUAAUAUUUUUAUUCUUACUAAGUGACUGUUACUCUCUAAACUCUAAAGUUGUCAUUAAUAAAAACAUUUAAGUGGUCCUAAUUAAACAGUUCUUGAAAUGUCACAUUUUGCAACUUAAAUAUAUACGUUCUUUAAACUUUGGCUUCAAGUACAACAUUGUGGCUGUGUGGAAUACCCAUACACCUCAUGUGUAUGCAAAACAAGGGAACUUAUGCAGAAUAAUAAUAAUUAUUUAAAUGACUAUUGUUGUUGUUUUUUGUAGCUGGUUGAUAGUUGUGAUUUGUGUGAAGUCACCAUCAGGGUGAUUAAUGUCAUUUGAACUUCGAGCCAAUCCUUAUUUACUCAAUUGUACUUUACAAAAGGAGAAUCCAAUGUGCCAAUUGGCUAACCUAGAGUCCAGUCAUAACUUCCCUUAUACAAUAUAAGAUGUGUUAUAACUUCAUUUAAAUAAUUAAAUAAAAUUAAGAUAAUUGAAAUGUAUUGUAACUAGUUAAUGUUACUUAAAAUAAUGAAGUUCAGUUUACUUGAGCCAAAUAAGCAUGUUUACUUAAAAAAAAAAACAAUCUAAGUAACGUCAACUAAUUUGAUUACAGUGUGCUGGGUUUUGUCAUUUCUCAUAAUAAUCACAAGUUUAAUACAUUUAUACUGAAGCAUAAUUCACCGUACAGUUGAAUUCAUUGCCACACAGUUAAUUGGCUUUAGUGGAUUUUCAU